GCCGCUUCCUACACAGUGCUGUGUGGAUAGUUGUGGUUUCUGAUGAACUAAGUACAGAGUGAAGACAUCACAAAUGAUAUAAAUACUGCACACUGCUUUAAGAUGGGCGUUCUCCGUGUGACACAGAUUGUGUCCAGGGCCCUGGUGGCCCAAUCAUUGAGGAGUAGACUGGCUCCGAGUUUCUCUUUUUCUCGCAGUUUCUCCGCGGAGCCGUUGGCCGGAGAGAGCACUGCGCUCCUAUACACAACACACGGAGAGCCCUCAGAAGUCCUUAAGUUGGGGACUCUGCAGCUCCCUUCUCUGGGAGACAAAAGCGUCCUUGUGAAAAUGCUUGCAGCUCCCAUCAACCCCUCGGAUAUAAACAUGAUCCAAGGCACCUACGCAAUACUGCCUGAUCUUCCAGCAGUGGGUGGCAAUGAAGGAGUGGGCCAGGUUAUAGAAGUGGGCAGCAAGGUGAAAACGGUCAAAGUGGGCGACUGGGUGAUUCCAAGGGAUGCUGGUCUAGGCACAUGGCGGGCAUUGGCAGUUUUGAGUGCAGAUGAUUUGGUGACGCUGCCCAGUGACAUCCCUCUCCUUUCAGCAGCCACUCUGGGAGUCAACCCUUGCACUGCACUCAGAAUGCUCUCUGACUUUGAGGAUCUAAAGCCAGGAGACACAGUAAUUCAAAAUGCAGCUAACAGUGGAGUCGGACAGGCUGUGAUCCAGAUAGCUGCAGCAAAGGGUGUUCAUACUAUCAACAUAGUUAGAGACAGGCCAGACCUAUCACAGCUGACUGACAGACUAAAAGCGAUGGGGGCCACUCAUGUGAUUAAGGAGGAGACUCUCAGAAGGCCAGAAAUGAAGGAACUCUUUAAGUUUUGUCCUCGACCUAAGCUGGCCCUAAAUGGAGUGGGAGGAAAGAGUGCCACAGAGUUGCUGCGCCAUUUACAAAGCGGAGGCACUAUGGUGACCUAUGGCGGAAUGGCCAAGCAGCCAGUCACAGUGCCCGUGAGUGCUCUAAUCUUCAAGGAUGUGAAAGUACGAGGCUUUUGGGUCACUCAGUGGAAAAGGGACCACAGGCAUAAUGAUGAGGCCUUGUGUAGCAUGCUGAAUGAGCUUUGCACCCUAAUCCGUGCUGGAAAAUUGUCACCCCCACCCUGCACUGAAGUCAGCAUAGAGGACUUCCACAAAGCUCUGGACAAUACCAUGAAGCCAUACAUUUCUACCAAACAGGUUUUGGUCAUGUGAUUCCAAUUAAAAUUAUAUGUAUAAUAACAAUAAUAUAUAUAUUUUAUGGCUCCUGUGAUAUUUGUCACAGCACAGUCACUUCAGACUUCAGGUACUACAAACACGUGUGCCGUAGCUUCAUUUCUGACAUCAAAGUCCAGUAAGUGUUAUCAGUUUGAGUAAGAAGCCUAAAGAAGCCUACUUGUUCUUUGAACCUUCAGAAACUUUAUUUAACAUCAACAUGCAACACCAGGUUUAUGAACUGCUCAGAGACAGGAUAAAAGGUUGAAUCAGUUUUUAUGAUGGCUGUCCAUAGAUAAAUUGUUAUGUUAGUUCAUAAAAACCCAUAAAAUAUUAUCAUUAAUUUUUUAUCAAUAGGUUCUGCCUGUCUGUUUUAUCACAGCACUAAAGAAGAGGCAGUCAUGAUAAUGGGUUUAAAAAAUGUUUGGUCAUAAAACUUACAAUAAUAAACACCAUUAUUGUGUUUGAAAUAUUUUUUAACACCAUGAAACGGACAUAUUCUUAUACCAGUGUCAUGGUGUAACAUGUUAUUAACUUGUUUUAUCGUAUGUUUAUAUAUAUAUUAGUGCAUAUUGUAUAAACACUAUGGUACAUGGCUCUUAGGCUUAGGCACCACACAGCAAACCAUGUAAAUCAGAAGCUGUUUACCACAUAUCAAUUUUGAGACCGAACUUGUCUAAUUAAAACCAUAAUGAGCUCUCACUUUCUGGUAUCCUUGCCUUCAUCUCUUGAUUUAAAGUAAAAUAAUAACUCACAUUGAAGAAAAAAUGAAGAGGGAUACAAUGAGAGCAAUUUUGCAGAGGUACUUGAGUGAAGUGCAGCCUUUGUGGAUGUAACAGUGGAAGCACUUAUAUUAGUAGCUGGCCCACAUGCUGAAAGUUGCUGCUAGAGCCACAGUCAGCAGUGCGGGGGCAGCAGAGGAUGCCCCCUCCUUUACCACACAGUGUUGAUACUCCUCAACGUCCACCUCUCGUAUAGCACACACGUGAUCAAUACGGCAGUCUGCAUCACACACUGUCAGGUCAUAAUUCACUGAGUUGAACUCGUAGUACUUCUGCAGGUAACAGUUUUCUCCUGCUAUCCGUUCCAAAACACGAUGCAUGGAGGCUGGAGAGGCAUCUGGCACUCUGAACGCUUCAGUCAUACGAUACUCCUUCUCCCAACGUGCACGUGCAAUGUUUGCAUGCGUCAGGUUCAAGUAAUAAGUCACCAUGUCCUAGAUGAUAAUGAUACAGAGAUUUGCUUUGUCAUUUUCAAUAGAACAUGGGAUUAAUGUCUGAAGAAAAAGGUCCAACAGUUUGCAUAUCAUUGCUGUCCAAAAAAAAAAGAAACCUCUCCAAAAUGUUAACUUUAUUUAGAAAAAAGCUAGCAACGUUCUUAAUUUUUAAUUCAAGUUAAUGUAAAGAAAUUUACAUGUAAGGAGAAGUUGUGUUGGACCAUUUCUAUUGGUCUAUCCAUCAUAAAAUUUUCACAUAAUGUAAACAGAACAGCUGCUGUAUUCAAAAGAAUAAAAAUCAGAAUGCUUCAA